AUUUACACAAAAAAUAAAACUAUACUAAGGUCAGAGGUUUGUACUGGAUUUGUUUCAGUGUUGUGUAGAUGAUGACUGUGAUUGACACGACCAAUGAAAUCUUCAGAAUCUGUGGUGGGCGGAGUUUGUGCUUGGGUUAAAAAGGUGAGGGUUGUUCACUUGAUCCUACAGGACUGGAGCAGAAGCUGAAGAGGAGGUUGAUGAAAUGAGUGAUCCAGAACCAUCCAGAAUAAAACAUGAAGAUACUGAGGAACAAACAGUCUGGAUGGAACAGCAAACACAUGAGGUGAAUGAAGUGGAGGAGGAACAUUGUAAAGUCAAAACUUCAAGAAAAAAAGACAAAAAGCUGCACACCUGCUCACAGUGUGGAAAGAGUUUUGUAAGCAAAGGAAACGUUAAGACGCACAUGAGGAUCCACACUGGAGAGAAACCAUACACCUGCCCUCAGUGUGGAAAGAGUUUUACUGCAGUAUCAAGUCUCAGUUAUCAUCUGGGUAUUCACUCUGGAGAAAAGCCUUUUACCUGUGAUCAGUGUGGUAAAAAGUUCAUUUCAUCACCAAGUCUAAAAGCACACCAGAAAGUUCAUUCAGAAGAGAAGCCUCAUGUGUGUUCUUACUGUGGAAAGAGUUUUUCACUGCUGUCCAGUUAUAAACAGCACCAGAAAACACAUAAUGGAGUGAGAGAACACAUGUGUUUUGAGUGUGGAAAGAGCUUUCCUGCAGACUUACAUCUGAAACGGCAUCAAAGGAUUCACACUGGAGAGAAACCUCACAAGUGUUCAUAUUGUGACAAGAGUUUCACUGAUUCUGGAAGCCUGAUAGUACAUGAGCGAAUUCACACUGGAGAGAAACCUCACAAGUGUUCAUAUUGUGACAAGCGUUUCACUGUUUCUGGAAGCCUGAAAGUACAUGAGCGAAUACACACUGGAGAGAAACCUUACAAGUGUUCAUAUUGUGACAAGAGUUUCAAUGAUUCUGGAAGCCUGAAAGUACAUGAGCGAGUUCACACUGGAGAGAAACCGUACCUCUGUACUCAGUGUGGAAAGAGAUUCACACAGUCAGCGACUCUUGUGACUCAUAUUAAAAAGCAUUGUUCUGUGUCCGAGUGAGCAAAUAUUUUUUACAGAAUCAGUAUUUCAAGUCAACAAUGUGAAUUUCAGAUUCAGUAAAUCUUAGAUUAGCACAAAUUAUUAGCUUUGCUGUGAACAAGAUUUGUGGAGAUAUUUUUGCAGAACAGCAAAAGUAUUUAGUCAUUUUAGCCUUUCAUGGUUUUUUUUAUAUUACUACAUUAUUAUAUGCAACAUAAAAUUUGUGUAGGUUUUGUAUAAUGAUGCAAAUAAAUUUACAGUCCACUGA